AACAGUAGUCACCCGGAUAACCAAAAAGUUAACUGUUAUUUUUCAGUCAGUACACAUCAGAUGAAUAAUUUUGACUCUAUAAUAAGAAACAAAUGUAUACCUGCAUGGCAUGUGAUAUUUUGAUGCCUCGACAUAUAAAUGGAAUUUCUAAAAUUCCGUUUUGGUUGUUGUGAGCCAAAUCCAGAUGUUCCAGUGGGUCCAAUAUUCCACACUUCUGGAGACACCCCUGGCAUCCCCUUGACCAGUUCUAGGGGGAAAAGCUUUUUACGCAUUAAUGCAUCAAUAAUCAAUAUAUAUGUUUAUUUACACUAAAGAAAACUUAAGCUUCUGAAUUGUUUCAUUGUAUAAGAAUGGGCAAACACUCGACUGUGAACCUUGUAACGCCAUAUCUCCGCCUCACAUGACUGAUAACAGCUGCAGAUGAACAGAUUUUAUAGCUGCGCUGAACCAGGAAGUAGAGAAACGAGCAGCAACAUUGAACAUUUGCUCCAAAAGGAAGCACCGGGCAGAAUCAGUGGAUUAUUUGAGCAUUUUGCGCCACCUUGCGAUCGAUCUGCUGCCUCUGCCGAGCACAUCUGUCACAAAAUGGUGUCCUUAAUUCACACUCUUCGACAUCACACGGACGAGGUCAGCUGCUGCGCCUUUUCUCCGGCUCUCCUUGCGACCUGCUCCGGUGAUAAAACGCUUCGCCUUUACGACGCGGCGGACUUCUCGGAGCUGCCCUUCUCUCCUCUGACGGGUCACGGCUACGGGGUCCACUGCUGCUGCUUCAGCUCCUGUGGCCGCAACCUGCUCAGCUGCUCCACGGACGGUUGCAUCAUGGUGUGGAGCCUGGAGACGGGUGAAGUGGCCGCGGAGCUGCAGCACCCGGGCCGCAGUCCGCUCCGAGUGUGCGCACUGGCGCCGGACUCCUCCCUCCUGCUGGCCGGGGCCUGCGAUGGCACCGUGGCCCUCUGGGACUUCAUCUCCAAGAGUCUGCUCAGAUGCAGUGCGGUAAGCGAGGCCAGCGUUGUGGCUUGCUGCUUCUCUCCGUGUGGUCAGAUGUUUGUGACCGGCUGCACCCACGGAGACCUUAAAAUCUGGGAUGUUGACAUCAGCCUUCUGCACCGUGAGAAAGACGCCCACGACCUGGGAGUCACCUGCUGCAGCUUCGCACCCCAGUUCAAAGUUGAUGGCUGCUGUGUGGAGUUUCGACUGGCCUCCUGUGGGCAGGACAGCCAGCUGAAAAUAUGGAUUGUUUCCCAGCGUGAAGGAGCAGCCUAUGUCAUGACGUUGCUUCACACUCUCACCGGCCAGUCGGCUCCAGUUCUGUCCUGUGCGUACUCCUCUGACGGAGAUUUGGUCGUCUCGGGCUCCGUGGAUAAAAGUGUUGCAAUAUAUGAUGCGAACCUGGGAACCCUGCUCCACACUUUGAAACAACAUGACAGGUAUGUGACUGCCGUAGCUGUGUCUCCCACCUCUCCUUGGAUCGCAACCGGCUCCAUGGACCGAUCGGUAAACGUGUGGAGAAUUGGAGAUGGAGACGGGAUAACGGCAGCAGCCGAAUCAAAGCAGACAGUGUGCCAAGGAAAGAAGUUGCCGGGUCACUCCAGGCUGCUGCCCCCCGAUUGGUCCGAGGAGGAUGUGCAGAGUUGGUUGAGCGAGGAAGGACUGGAGGAGCUCGUCAGUGUCUUUAAAGCCAACAACAUCGACGGACCAGAGCUUAUCCAGCUGAGCAAGGAAACAGCAGCCGAGAUGGGAAUCGACCUGACUGUGAACACUGUUGACACCCACCUGAGGGAGACGCUGCCUAAGAUCUCAAAGCUGCUUGGUCGUGGUCUUUCUGGCACGUACUCUUCCAAGAUGAGCCGGGAAGUUUAACACUGAUGGAAUGACACCAGGUCUAAGCCGACAAACUUCCAAUUCCUCCUCAACCCAUAGUCUCUGGGAAACCUACAUGGAGUAAGAAAAGUAGACAGAGAAGUAAUUAAGUCUGUACACAACAUAUUAAAAAGAAAUCAUGCUAAUAAAUUAAGUACAAAGAACCGAAUUCGCCAAUAUACUGGAGACCAGAGCUAUUUAAUUUGAUAAGUAUAACCUUGUUUAGUAACAUUUCAAUUAUUUGAGAGCAGUCCUAAAGAACUGCCUGUAAUCCCAAUCAUAAAAUGGGUUUGGAGGAAGAACAUAGAUGGUAAUCUGGAUAUACAUGAGCUAGGCUUUAUAACUACUAUUGGUAGUAUUGGUGGUAGUAAUAGUAAUGUGACUACUACUAGUAGUAGUGGUGGUACACACUACUGCUGCUGAUACUGGCACUGCUACUACAACUUGUAAUUCUAUUACAAAUGCUGAUACUACUUCUACGACUCUAACAGCUGUUUAUACUACUGCUGCUGCUUGUACAUUUAGUAUUACUACUACUGCUUGUACAACUAUACUACAGCUACUAUUAAUCGUCUGGUAUUUGGUUGUCAAGCUGCUAGCUCGGCUUAGCGUUUUGCUAGUGGCUAACUAGUUAGUUCUCAUAGACUGGAAGCUCUCAACAAGAUUUCAUAAUGAAAAAAGAGCCAAAAACUAUUCUUACCUAUGAAAAGUCAUUCCUAGUUUCCUUGUCUCAAUCGUACGACGUAGUGUGUAACUGUAUGCAGCACAGUGAGCCGGCAUACUUGUUUCCGUUUUCACGCCGUCUACAUCAACAGAAUGCACUGAAACUUUGCCCCCACUAGCUUAGCCUCGCCGUAGCACGCAGCUCAAAGGGGCGUGUCCUAUCUACUCAUUCAUAUCUAUGAGAACAACGAUGGCUACACAUAAGGACGCGUGACGUUGAUUAGCUGCGUAAAUACCAUUAUAUACAGUCUAUGGUAAAUACGUAUGUGAAUCGCAUCAUUGGCUGCAGCAGCCAGUCACCGGUCACUCACUGACUCACUGAAAAAUAGCACAGAAUGAAUUGUUACGUGUUUAUUUUAUUUACAAUUUAGGUUGGAUUUUUUUUUUCUGUGCGCGCAGAUUUUCUGUGCGCGGAGACCGUAUCAGCAGUGCGCAAUUGCGCACGCGCGCAGUUUAGAGGGAACAGUGAUCCUCCUCCGCAUGCUGUUUGUGUAAAUGCGCGCACAUAGACAUACACUCGCUCACACAUACCGGAGACACACGCAGAGCAAAUUAGAUUCCAGCGCAUUUUACUUGAUGAAAUAUUCAUGAAUCUUUGAGUAAGGGGGAGGAAGAAGAAGGGAAAAAAAUCCUCUCCGAUAUAAUUUGGCGUAUCUCUGCAGAGACGGCCUCGUUCUGCACUUUUAUUGGAGCAUUGCAUCAAAUUAUCAAUCUAAAUGUAAAGUGGACAGUAUAGUGCUAAUAGCUUGUGUCGCCAUGAAAAAGAUGUGGCAACUUAUGGAAAUCAUAAACGAGGCGUUACCCUGUUAAGUGCAGCUUCUCCCCUCCAAGAGACGUUUAUUGGAUGAAUCAGAGGGCUUAAUGGGUUCAGUGGGUUUCAUCCAGAGACGGUUUCUUGAUCGAAAGGUGUCAUUUCUCCAGGAUCUUCUGUCACUGCCGCAUCGGACUGCUUUAAAUUCGGAUGCAGCAUUUUCGAGGCUCUUCGUUCACGGUAGCUCGGAGUCUCAGUGAUUUGAAUUCUGUCCUCACUCCACCCCUACUUCUUCCUCACUGAAUGAGGACAAAAUUAAGACCGCCUCGUAAUAUUUCAUUUGCUGCAGUGCGCGGUGAAGUUUCCGGCCCCCUGCGGACAGGAGCUGAUUGUCGAGAUCUCCUCAGUUUGUUGGAGGCUGAUUGUGUCCUAUAAACACAUGAAACAUCCUCCGAACAUGACCCCAAUCAGUCAUCACAUGUAGGAAGUGUUUGAGAAAAAGCCACAUGCUUCAAAAUCAUCCUUUCUGGUCUGGAUUCUUCACAUCCAAAGUCACUGUUAAGCUCAUAUGAAUCAAUAAUGAAGCUCAGUACAGCUCAGAAAUUCUUUCUUUUCAUCCACUUAUCCAGGGUUGAAGCUGCGUUUGAGGACACUAAGGUCAUGGCAUUUCUUGAGAAGAAGUCAGAGGAGGUGAAUAUUUCAUAGGCUGAUUUCAUAUCUUUUGGACUCGCUAUAUUUGAUUUUGAAUAGUCUUGGGUCAGCAUAUAAAUGAAAAAAGGAUUAUUUUCCCAGCAGAUGUUCAUACCUGGCAGUGAGCAGACCCGAUUGCUGCUGAAAACUGUCUCUAAAUGUGGUCAUGUGGGAAUUUCAGAAUAAAAAAUUACAUAUUCAGGAACUCCUGUCAUUUUUUAGACACAGGAGUCCAUAAUAUCCUUUUAGCUGUUUUCAUUUUACUGGAUUUUACUGCUGUUUUUUAGUGCAUGUAAAAGAUCUGCAAACUUGAAAUAGUUAUUCUCUUCUACAGGAAACACUGCUCCUUGUUUGAAGUCCGAGCUUUUCUACCUUUACUUGUUUUCAUCGCCAUGCAACGCAUUUGAACGAUGUCUGUCUAGCAGCUAGUUUGGCCCUAAAACAACGACCGAGCAGCUUCCGUGCAGUUCGCCAUUAUUUCAUCUCUAGAGCCACUUCUCCAAGAUAUCUUUGGUGCCUUUCGGCUUUUUUUUGUUUCUACUUCAGUGUAGCA